AUGUUCCCAGGCAACGUGUUGUUGGUGGUUCUGAUGCGACGCGAGGAAGUUACUUUCAGUGAAUGUCCCUUUAUUGUUGCCAUCACAAGUUUGUUUUUUGAACUCAUAUGCGGCGGUACAAUAGUAUCCUCCAAUUAUAUUGUAACUGCCGCCCAUUGUCUAGAUGAUUGUCCAUCGUUACUGGUAGUUGCUGGAGAACACGAUCAAACAAUCUUGCAUCUCAGUGAAAGAGUUCGUGAGGUUUCUCUUUGUCACAUUCACGAAAAUUACGAUCGGAAUUUCCCUUAUUUUAAUGAUAUUGGGCUUGUUAAGUUAACUUUUCCAUUAAUUUUCGAAAUAUAUAUUCCAAUAUUUGGAGUCAUAGCUGAUCAGUAUGUUAAGCCAGUUCAAUUGCCCGUGAAAGAUUCAGAACCAUUCGGAUAUGCAAUGUUGUUUGGAUGGGGAUCGACAUCGAACACAAGUGAACAAAGUUAUCCUUCUAUUUUGCAAAAAGCUCUGCUUCCAAUUAUGAGUCAAAUGUAUUGUAAGUUUUUGUACCAGGAAUACUUUAAUGGAACUGGACAUAUUUGCGCGGGAGAUUAUAAUAAAGGACAAUGUUUUGGAGACAGUGGCGGUCCAUUAGUACAAGAUAAUACGAUUGUUGGGAUUGUGGCUCAUGGAUUUACUCCAUGUACAAGUAAUGGCCCAGGAGUAUUGGUAAAAGUAUCUGCAUAUGUUGAUUGGAUUAACGGGAAAUUAUCUACAUGA